UCUACCUAUUUAAGCAAGACAUCAUUUUUUGUGUUUUGUUCUCCAUCAUUCUCCAACACUUUUCAGUUACAUGCAUUGCUUUAAAAAAAUAUUCACACUUCUUCCAGAAGGAAUGAAGUCACACAAAGAAGAUGACAAUGCUGCAUGUUGUGAGAUAUGUGGUGCUAUUGGUUGGAAAGAAGUACUACUUACUUGUUCUAAAUGCAAAGGAGGACAUGAACAUGCUUAUUGCACGAAAUUUCAUACCUUAAUAAUUCCAGAAUAUUGGGUCUGUGAGCCUUGCGGAUCCAAGUGUGUGUCAACUUCACCACUUAAAGAGGAUCAGGGUAUUGGCUCAAGGGCUUCUAAAAUGUAUCAAAGAAACAAAACUGCAAAAGUGAAGUUACUUACAGGGGAUGAAGUCAUUAGACUCUCUUCUGGAGCAAGUCAUCCUGUUUCAUCUACUAAUGUACUUGGGAAACAUCAAAGAAAUGAUGAAAUACACAAGAAAACAAUGACUAGUAAACAUGCUUCUUGUUCGUUAUCAAAAGGACCAACAAAGGAGUGUGUUGAAGAAAAUCAACACUCCCUUGGUAGAGUGAUAGCUGAUCAUAAUAUUCAAGACUAUUAUUCUCUGAAGGAAAAGCUUGCAAACAAGGCACCUUUUGAAGCUUCAUCAACAAGAAAUUCUUCCCCUUUUGCUGAUUUAGAUUACCUAUCCAAGAUGGAUCCAGCAAAGAGCAGCACCUUCGCUCGCCUGUUCGCCCAGAGGGGGGGCGAUGUAAGGAAACCAGGAGGGAGCUCCUCCUGCGCCCCGACCACCGCUGUUGUCCCUGCAACGUCCCUACCAAUCCAAAAGGCACCACCUCCUCCGCCAACUGCCGAAGUUCCUACGCCCAAUUCCGCUCGUCGUCCUGCCGACAAGGCUCCCCCGGCAGAGCCCAUCCCGAAGAAGAAGGGCAAACGAAAGGUCGUUCGGGAAUUAUCUGCCGAAUCCAAACAUGCCAAGAGGAGUCUGCCCGACGGGCCUCCCCUCUCUGGGCCGUUGAGUCCUAACUCGUGGGUGGCGAAGCGCAUCCACUUUGACCUUUUCGCUGAGGAAAAGGCUCUAGUCAGUGGGAUGACCGAGGAAGAGGCCUCCAACAUGGCUAUGGAGUUGGCCACUCGAUCGACGAUGUGUUUAGCCUAUGCCGCUCAGAAGAGAGCCUCGGCUUCCACGGAGUUUCAGGUUCUUCAAGAGAAGUUCGAUGCUGCCGUGAAGUCCAACCAGGACUUGACCCUCCGCCUGGCCGAGACUGAGAGAAUGGCAGAAGAGGACAAGAAGAAAGCCAGCACUCUGUUGGCUGAGGCCCGUGCUACCCAACGCCGCAUGCAACGGUCUCUAGACGAUGCAAAGCUUGACCUCCAAAAAGCCACUGCCUCCAAUACGAAAUUGAUGGCAGAGAGGGACGGCCUGUUGGCUGAUCAAGACUCGCUUCAGGAUCGGUUGACAAAAUUGGAGGCAGACAACAAGUUUCUGGGUGAUGAGGUUAUGAACGAGCAUCUGCUCGGUUUUGAAAAAGCGCUCGCCCAGUGCAACCUCCUCUUUCAAGUUCCCACCGACGAUCCCCGUCUUGACGUGAGCAUGAUGGUGGUAGAUGAGAAACUAGUUCCGAUCCAUGUUCCUCCACCCUCACCUCCGGCCGUCCCAACUGUUGAAGCUGUCGUUGAAGUAAUCGAAGAGACCGAUGGGGCUGAUGUCCAACCCUAG